CUCUCUCAUAUUUUCUCUCAGAAACCUUGGAAAGUCGGGUCUACGUGUUUCUUGCUUGGGUCUUGGCACCUGGGUGACAUUUGGAUCUCAGAUCUCGGACGAGAUGGCAGAGAGUCUGAUGACGAUAGCCUAUGAGAACGGAGUGAAUCUGUUCGACACAGCAGAAGUCUAUGCUUCAGGCAGGGCUGAAAUCACUCUAGGCAACAUCAUCAAGAAGAAAGGCUGGAGACGGUCCAGUUAUGUUGUAACGACUAAGAUCUACUGGGGAGGACAGGCAGAGACAGAGAGAGGCCUGUCUAGGAAACACAUCAUAGAAGGUCUCAGAGGUUCCCUGUCUAGACUACAGCUGGAUUACGUGGAUAUUGUCUUUGCCAACCGAAACGAUGUCAACAGCCCCAUGGAAGAGGUAGUACGUGCGAUGACAUUUGUUAUAAACCAGGGUAUGGCCAUGUACUGGGGCACGUCCCGCUGGAGCGCCAUGGAGAUCAUGGAGGCAUACUCCGUAGCGAGGCAGUUUAACUUAAUCCCACCAGUAUGCGAGCAGGCCGAGUAUCACUAUUUCCAGAGGGAUAAAGUGGAGGUGCAGCUGCCAGAGCUCUACCACAAGAUCGGCGUUGGAGCGAUGACCUGGUCUCCUCUCGCAUGUGGGCUGAUCACAGGAAAAUACAGCGAUGGCGUUCCAGACUGUUCAAGAGCCUCUAUGAAAGGUUACCAGUGGCUGAAGGAGCGAGUGUACAGUGAAGAAGGGCGCAGACAGCUUGCAAAAAUCAAAGAGCUCCACCUGGUGGCUGACAGGCUGGGCUGCACGGCUGCUCAACUCGCCAUUGCAUGGUGUUUGCGCAGUGAAGGGGUUAGUUCUGUACUUCUUGGUGUCUCCAAUACAGACCAGCUUAUUGAGAACCUCGGAGCCAUGCGGGUGCUGUCUCAAAUGACGCCUCAGACUGUGAGCGAGAUGGAUGCUCUCCUGGGCAACAAACCUCACUCCAAGAAAGAGUCACGUGCGUGAGGGAACUAGAGAGAUGACAUGAACAUGUGCAGUCUGAAAAGACAAAGCAAGCAAGGUGGAAAAUACGCAACAUGGCGUACCAUUGCUUUUCUGCUCUCCCGUAUAUUACAACACCUGCAUGCCUUCUGCAACAUGCUUCCGAUACCACACCGCUCUCUCGAACCCUACUCAAAUAUCCCAACAUAACCUACCAAUUAAACAUGGACACGGCUGUCAUCAAAGAAACGCCACGAACAACAACUUUUCCAUUUCCUUAUUCGGAGAGACUAAAGUUUCAGUCUCCCAGGAGGAAGUAAUGCCGAUUGAAGGAGGUGAAUGAGAGUGUCACAAAUCUUCUUUUUCAGCAGGCCCAGACGGAACCGGAACUUUCUUGCAGUUUCCACAGCAGAAUUCCACUGUUUCCACUACGGAAUUCCAGUUUCCACUGCUUCCACUACAGAAUUCCAGUUUCCACUGCAGAAUUCCACUGUUUCCACUACGGAAUUCCAGUUUCCACUACAGAAUUCCAUUGUUUCCACUACGGAAUUCCAGUUUCCACUGCUUCCACUACAGAAUUCCAGUUUCCACUGCAGAAUUCCACUGUUUCCACUACAAAAUUCCUGUUUCCACUACAGAAUUCCAUUGUUUCCACUACGGAAUUCCAGCUUCCACUACAGAAUUCCACUGUUUCCACUACGGAAUUCCAGUUUCCACUGCAGAAAUCCACUGUUUUCACUACGGAAUUCUAGUUUCCACUACGGAAUUCUAGUUUCCACUACAUAAUUCCAUUGUUUCCACUAGGGAAUUCCACUGUUUCCACUACAGAAUUCCAGUUUCCACUGCAGAAUUCCACUGUUUCCACUACGGAAUUCCAGUUUCCACUGCAGAAUUCCACUGUUUCCACUACAGAAUUCCAGUUUCCACUGCAGAAUUCCACUGUUUCCACUACAGAAUUCCAGUUUCCACUGCAGAAUUCCACUAUUUCCACUACGGAAUUCCAGUUUCCACUGCAGAAUUCCACUGUUUCCACUACGGAAUACCAGUUUCCACUGCAGAAUUCCACUGUUUCCACUACGGAAUUCCAGUUUCCACUAUCGAAUUCCACUGUUUCCACUACGGAAUUCCAGUUUCCACUGCAGAAAUCCACUGUUUUCACUACGGAAUUCUAGUUUCCACUACGGAAUUCUAGUUUCCACUACAGAAUUCCAGUUUCCACUGCAGAAUUCCACUGUUUCCACAACAGAAUUCCAGUUUCCACUGCAGAAUUCGACUGUUUCCACAACAGAAUUCCAGUUUCCACUGCAGAAUUCGACUGUUUCCACAACAGAAUUCCAGUUUCCACUACGGAAUUCCAGUUUCCCUGGCAGAAUUCCACUGUUUCCACAACAGAAUUCCAGUUUCCACAACAGAAUUCCAUUUUCCACUGCAGAAUUCCACUGUUUCCUCUACGGAAUUCUGCGCAAUGGAUCAAACGUGAUGAAAUGAGUUAAAGGAAGCUAAGAGUGCUACAUUAUUAUUGGCAGCUGGAAACUUUAUCAAAUAUUUAUUAAACCAAGAUGUGCGGGGCGAACGAAGUGUAGCAGUUUCUGAAUCCUGCCGAACUCUGCGCAGAUUCCGCGUGGGCAUGGAUGUGCGGAUGUGUGUUCAAGAAAGUAUGAGCGAGUGUUUGUGUGUAUGCAUGCAGUGACUCUUUCGAUUCCAACUCUCGGUUGCUGGUGUUGCACCCGAGUGACUUGUAAAAAUGGACUUGACACGAGCGAAGCAGUUUCUGAGGUGCCUGUCCCCGUGUGUUGGGGCGUUGUUCGCUGCCUGUCACAUUUCAUUCUCGCGGUGCAGGAGAGCGUGGCAAAGACUCCGGCGUGUGACGGGAACAACAUGCAGAAACUGCAAACAGCUGUUUGGACACAUCACAAGUCUUCCUCCAUUUCCCUUCCUUUCCAUCUCUCCUUGUGUUUACAACAGUGCACCUGUCCCUUUAAGAGAAUCCGUGCAGUUAUGGGAGGGGCGUGCGAGUGUGUAUACGGUACCUUGCAAACAUAUUUAGACCUUUACCAAUUCACUUGUUUAAAAACAAGUCUUUGAGUCAGUAUUAUUGCUAUUGCCAUGUAUUUUUUAGAAAAAAAACAUAAGCAUGAUGCCUAACACCACCCCACCCCUAAACCUAAC